AGAGCGAAUGGUGACUAAACCAGGAGUUUAUGGCUGUGUUUCCGCUCCGUAACAAACCCUCAAGCUAUAAAUGUGAGAAUUUGUAACUGAUGUUCACUGGUUUCUCUGGAGCUAUUGUUCUAUCUAUAACCUGCCCUUCACACACAAAUUCAUCAUUAUUGGAGCACUGGUUCCAAGGCACCUGGUGAAGAAAAUUUGUGCACCAUGAAGGCAACGAUUGAGGAUGGCAUUGUAUACUCUCCGCAUCCGAAAGUCGAGAUACCGACGUGCUCCGUCUACACAGCAAUGAAGGAAUUCCUAACGGCUUCACCUGAACGCGUAGCACUGGUGGACGAGAAGAUGCGCCUCACGCGUGGGGAGUUCUUUUCGCAAUUGCGGAGAUUCGCGGCGGGCUUCCAGGCGCAUGGUAUCGGACUUGGUGAUCGAGUCUGCGUCCAUCUUGACAACAGCGUCGAGAACAUGGUUGCCCUAUUCAGCAUCACCUUCACGGGAGCAUCGGUGCUCCUUUCGAAUCCGGUACUCAACGAAAAUGAGCUUGUCUUUCAAGUGGACCAUUCGGACUCAACUUACAUUUUGACCACUCCAAAGUAUGCAACUAAGGUCACUGCUGUGAAGGAGAAAACUAGAGUUAAGGGUCUGUUCGUAGUUGGUGACUCCAUUCCUGGCUUUGUGUCCGUGUCCGGUUUCGCUGAACUGAACGACGACGACUUCAAAGAGGUGCACAUUGACGACCCCAAGGGGACAACGCUCGCUCUCUUUUACUCAUCCGGGACGACAGGUCACGCCAAAGGAAUGGAGAUAUCUCAUUACAGUUUGGUGGCAAACUUGCACACGACCAAAGUCCUCGUGAGCUACCAGCCUGGAGAUGUCCUUCUAGGCUGGUAUCCCAUAACGUAUGCGUCUGGAUUCACAUUCAUCCCAGUAGCUGCCUGCGCCGGAGCCACAUGCGUCAUAGUACAACCCGGAUUGACAUUUGAGCAGUUCGUAUAUUACGUCAACAAGUACAAGGUGACUAUAUUAGCAUCAGCACCGGCACGGCUGUACGUUUAUUUAGCGGACAUCAUGCGAAGUGGAACGAAGCUGUCCUCCAUAAGGACGAUCAACGUAGGUGGCACUGUUUUAACCGAAACGUUUGCCAGAAAGCUACUGGCUGCUUUUGACGGUGUCCGCUCCCUGCGGAAUCAUUACGGCAUGUCGGAAUCCUGCGGGGUCCUGUGCACUCCUCCAAAGGAUGAAAUCUCCUCCGGAAACGUUGGCUUUCCGGCACCGAUGGUUGAGCUCAAGUUCAUCGACUUGGAUACAGGCGAGAAGGUGGGACCGAAGAAAAAUGGCGAGCUUUAUUUUCGCAUCCCGAGCGUCAUGAAGGGCUACUACAAAAAUCCAGAGCUCGUUAAGGAGUUCAUGGAUGAGGAUGGAUGGUGCAAAUCAGGUGACAUUAUGUACUACGAUGAAGACGGUCGCGUCUACUUCGUGGACAGGGUGAAGGAUAUUAUUAGGUGCUUUGACAAGCAAGUGUCGUCCAUGGAACUCGAAGGCCUGCUGCAGAGCCACCCCAGUGUGGCCGAUGCGGCCGUGGUGGGAGUCCCGAAGACUAAGUACGGUGACGCCCCGGCCGCGUUCGUCGUUCUGCGAGAUCCGUCAUCGGAGUCACCCGAGCUAGCAGCCGAACUCAAAGAGCACGUCGCGAGCAAAACUGAAACGUUCAAGCAUCUGUACGGAGGCGUUGUGUUUUCGGGCCGUUUGCCAAGGAACACAAACGGCAAAGUCAUCAAGCGUCAACUGUGGCAUAUGUAUGAGAAGUCGACGGUAUACUAACGACCCAGUUCAUAUAAUCAGCCGUUAUAUCAGAAAAAAUAAAACAAGUUCCAACACGCA